UAAAAGAUGCCUCUUGUGGGUCUUGGAUCCUCAAGAGCAGGAAACAGAGGUGGGUGCCAAGGAUGCCAUGUACUUUAUCCAGGUCAAGGACCAGAAGCUGGCAGCAUUUAUGGACGAUAAGCAAUGCAACGGCCACAUCUACAAGAGCGAGGGACACGUCUAUUUCAUAUCCCAAAAUGUAAUAAAUAAUCAGGAUACCAUAGAGAUUGCUGAUGUGAACCAUAGCUCUAUUCCUACACACUCAUACCCAACGACUUUGACAAGAGCGUCACCGGGUGGUUAUCCUUCUGAGACAACAUCCUUAAAACCCAGGGUUCAUACCUAG